UCGCCCAUCGUCGUCAGUAGCGCGCGCGCUGAGCGGGACACGCACCGGAGCCGCGCGAGCUCCUGCCGUGAGCCGAACGUUUCGCUGGUUUCCACGCGUUUUCACUGUGAUGCACUGGAGGAACCAGCGUCUCUCACCUGACGGACAUUUGCGACCUUUUAUAUUUUGGAGCGAGCAGCGGCGUGAGACAGAAGCGUCCACGUUCAUCUGUAGAGGUUUUUGCAAGAUGGAGAGAGGAGCUCAGAAUCUCAUGGAACGUCCACAUGGGCUGACGGUCUUAGUUGUAUUUCUCAUGGAGAGCAUAAUGGUCACAGCAGUCAACCUGGAGCCCAUCUACUGGAACUCCUUGAACAGUAGGUUUGGAGAUGAGCGAGGUUACGUGCUGUACCCUCAGAUGGGGGACCGUUUGGAUCUGGUGUGUCCUGCCUCCUCGUCCCUGCCACAUUACGAGUUUUAUAAGCUAUAUCUGGUGUCGGAGCGUGAACAGGCAGACAGGUGUGACCUGAGCAAAGACUCCAACCUGCUGCUCACCUGUGACAAACCCAAUGCCGACACACGCUUCACCAUCAAAUUCCAGGAGUUCUCCCCCAAUCUGUGGGGCCACGAGUUCAAGAACCUGCACGACUACUACAUCAUAGCUACCUCGGACGGGACGAGGCAGGGGUUAGACAGCAUGAGAGGAGGAGCGUGUGCAACGCACGGCAUGAAGGUUGUGCUCAAAGUGGGACAGAGUGCAUAUGGACUUCCUCCAAAACCAAAACUCGAUCCAGGUCACUCCAACAGUAAAAUUCCAGAUCAUGGAGCGGACUCCCCAAACAGCGAGAGUGGGGCUGAAGCGGGAGAGAUGGACCCAGGCGACGGCUCGGCCUCUUUCACAAUCACCGUGGUAAUAUUCUGUGCAGUGGGCGGAGCUUUUGUCCUGCUGCUGGUUGCCGUGGUGAUUGGGGUGGUGUUUUACCGCAGGAGGAAAGCCAAACACUUGGAAACACAGCGCCCUAACCUGUCUCUCUCUGCCCACACGCCCAGAAGGGGCAUGGCUAACACUGGAGGAAAUGCAGGAAUCAUCGCCUCGGGUAACCUCACAGGCGGCACCGAGCUCAGUGACAUCAUCAUCCCGUUGCAGACUUCUGACUCCGCCUACUGCCCACACUACGAGAAGGUCAGCGGCGACUACGGGCAUCCGGUCUACAUCGUACAGGAAAUGCCUCCUCAGAAUCCCGCUAAUAUCUACUAUAAAAAGCCGAAUCACCUUCUUUUACAGCAGGAAGUUCGAUAUCGCUCAACACCAGCAAAGGCUCAGUGAAAUUUCUGCUCAGAGGAGAAACCAUGGUGUCGGCCAAGGAUAUAAACAGAAGAUGGAAGACAGGAUGUGGACGACAAAACAUCCAACCAAUCAGGACAUAGAACUGUCCCUCUUCAGUUUACUGUUCAUAAAUUUCCACCCCUUUUACCAUGUACUGCUGAUGUCAAAAUUGCGGCUCAGAAGUGGACUUUUUUCAAAAAGACCUGAAUUUCUGACUUAUAUAAACUUUAUUCUCAGGCUAAGGAACAUUUCACAUGUUUAAUUUAGAAGCUUCACAUUGCCAAAUGUGUACAGUGUGAAAUGAAGGAUUAGAAUAUUACAGCUAGAAACAGAACACAUACUUCCAUAGAUUUACGUGGUGACAUUUAAUGUCGGUGAAGCAUAAACUUGAGACAACCUAUUUCAUUUGUUCACGUGCUUUAUUUAUCCACUCAUUACAUUUCUAUUUCCAGCACUUGGCAGAAUUCCCCUUAUACAGAGUGACUUACAGAAGUGCUGUGAAGUCUUUAUCAAUACAGACAUCCUGAUAGUGGUUCAUUAAGUCAUAGACUAAGAAUACCCUCAGUCUAAACACUCUGUUGGGAGGAAUAAAUCUAGAAAAUCAGAUUUUCUGCAAUAGGGUAUUUAUUCUUAUUUUUAUUAAUAGAAGUGCUAAUGUUGGUACUGCUGGAAGAGGGUGGGUGUUUAGACGUUGUUUAAAGACCACUAAAUUAACAUUUAAAGAAAUAUCUUGAACAUUUUACAAUUUCCUCAUCAAUACAUCUGUGCAGAUGUGGGUUAAGGGCCCAGCACUGGCAGCUUGGUUGGUACUUGGAUUGGAUUUACGACUUUUCAAAAAGAGGUCCAACUGAGUCUAAUUUAACCACUGAGCUACAACUUCCCCAGUGACUCAGCUGUUCAGGCAUCAAAUGGGAGUUCUUUUUUCAUCAUCUCGGUUGCAGAUCAGAGAAGAGUCUCAAAGUUUACUCAUACUUCUUGACGUGUAUGAAAAUAUGAAAAUAAGAAGGUUCGCUUCAGGAAAGUACAAUCCAACAUGUCUGAUAAUGAAUAGCCACGAUUAAAUGUUACACGCAGGUAAAGGAUGAGAAAGUUGGCAUCUUGCUACGGUUUUGAAGUGUACUGUUACAUUUAUAGCAUUUGGCAGAUGCCCUUAUUCACAGUGACUUAUAAUUAUCUCAUUUAUGCAGCUGAGAGUUAAAGCCCUUGUGCAGGGACCCAGCAUAAAUUCACUUAUCACAAAUAGUUGAUAAACAAGUGCUGGUUAUAAAAACCUCAGUAGACAGCAAUUGGUUAAAAAAAGGAAAUGCUGAGAAGGAUUUGGCGUUGAUCCUGAUUAUGAUAUUAAAUGCCAAAAAGGGAUGGAUUAAGUUUUAUUUUAGCUCACUCGUAUUGGCUUUCCUCUCUCAAUCUUUUGCUUCUAAUUUGCAUUGAAUUUACAUUAGCCACUCCCACAUUCAGACACGUUCAAAGGUCAGUGUUGUGACCGCUGUCAUUUUAUUCCAGUGUUGUUUUCCUUAUUAUUUUUAAUCUAAUAUUGUCUUUUUUCUUUCUAGCUUAAAUUAUGCACUUAUCUUGCGUGUCUCUUUUUUAUUUAUUUUUUUUUUAUCUUUUUGUCAUUUUUCACUCAUAUUCUUGUCGCUAACUUUGUACUCUUGUUUCUACUCUCUUUUCAU